UUAUGCUCUCAUUCACUUGUUCAUUCAUUCAUAAAUUAAACUUUGUUUUCUUCUGUCAUCAUUAUAGUGUGAGAUUUACAAUAUCAUCAAACAUGAGUUCAACAAUUAGAGCAUGGAGUGUGGCAACUAGUGUUGGAGUUGUGGAGGCCUUGAAAGAUCAAGGCAUCUGCAGGUGGAACCAUGCUUUCAGAUUAGCUCAACAGCGUCUCAAAAUUCAUGUCACUUCGCUUUCUCAAGCACAAAACCUUUCUUCCUCUUCUUCUGCUAUCAUCUCCACAACACCAAAACACGAGAAGCUAAAACAGUCAGAGGACUCCAUGAGAACCGUCAUCUACUUAAGCUGUUGGGGUCCCAACUAGAUAUCAUAUGAGACCAAUAAGAAAACAUUUUUCUUCUUUCAGUUCUUGGAAUCAAGCAAUCUUCGUCUCAAAGCAACAUGAGGGUUGUGAUUUCAGGGGUCAUAUUGUAAAUUUUUGAAAGAUUUGCUUAUCUGAUGUGACAAUCAGUAUGUAAAUUAUGAUGAUAAAUAAUCAUAAUUUUAAUGGUUGAGGUUUGCCAAA